AUAGGCUGAAACAGUCGGGCCAUAGUCAUACACCGAGUGUUUAUUUCCUAACCUAUAAGGAAAUGUGUUGUGAUGCAUUUUUUAAAUUCAUUUUGUGUCGUAAAGAAUGCAUUGUAAUGAGAUGUUAUGCACACCUCGUCAGCUAAUGAUGCAUCAGCCAUCUGUUGAACUUUUAUCGCCGAGUGCGUUGUUGCACUAUUUUCAAAACAGAAGCUAUGGAAUGAAAUUUUAUCACAAGCAAGCAGAACUCUGUUCAUGGUUCUGCUUAAACGGGAGAGAAUGUUUGGACUUGCACUUAUGGAUGAGAUAGCUCCAGAAUGCUUUCUAGAAAAUCAUCUUUAUUUUCAUCACUUUCAUCAUGCAUAGCAAUUGCAGUCAUAGUGAUUGUGCUGAAUUUCAUUGGUUGUGGAAAUGGGUACCUGAUAAUUGUAUCAGAAGACGAACCACCUGGAAGUGUAAUAUUCAAUGCAACAUUACCAAGGCUUGGAUCCAAUCGCCAUUACAAAAUAAACACACACAAAAGUGCAAACUUUGUACAUAGGCUACUGCAUGUUGAUCAAAGUACUGGAAGAGUAUCCCUUCGAAGACAUCUUGACUGUGAUGGAAUAUAUUAUUCAAAUUUAUUCACUAUCUACAUUGACUCUUUUUCAAACCACACUCGUGGUGUUGAUUACUAUUCCUUGCCAUUAAGAGUAUUUGUGAAUGGAAAGAGGUGUCAACAACAGCAUGAUGAGACAGAGCAAGUGAAUUAUGACACUAGGAUUCAAUUAAAAAUUUCUGAAGCUAAGAAAUGGAUUAGUGAAACAUUUGCUUCAUAUGCAAUACCAGGCACAGAGGGCUGGAGACCAAUCUGCUUGCGGAAAAGCCAGUUCAUAAACAGCAUAGCAUCUUUUCUGCCAUUGACAAUCCACAAAAUGUGUCGCAUUCAGUAUUUGGAUUCAAGUGAUCCACGUUUCUGUAUUGAAAAGUCUGCUGGUGAUUUGGUUUCCACUUGUGAUCAGUGUAUUGUUGAACCUCUCUGGAAGGUCACUGUGCGUCUAGAGUACAAGUGCAGUGCUGGUGGAGAACCACAGUAUCAUAGGACUACCCGUGGUGUUGUUUCAGUUGCUGAGCAUCGUUUGAAGAUAGUGUAUCAUCAUCAAGAUUUAAAUGACACAGAUAUUGCUCACAGAGUGAGACGUGAAUUGAGAAACCAGUCGCCAUAUUUUGAACAGGCUUUGUACAUUGCAUCUGUAAUGGAGGAAAAGCCUCCAGGAACAAUGGUUAUAACAGUUAAAGCAAGAGAUCCUGAGAAUUCACCAGUUAGUUACUCAAUGGUUUCUCUUGUAGACUCACGAUCACAGUCAAUGUUUGCAGUUGACUCACGGUCGGGUAUGGUGACAACUCUGACCAGUCUAGAUCGAGAACUACUCGAUGUUCACUAUUUCCGUGUGACGGCAGUAGAUGACUCUUUCCCACCUCGGAGUGGCACAACUACAUUACAGAUAAAUGUUCUCGAUGCCAAUGAUCAUGCACCAGUGUUUGAGGCAAGUGAAUACGACGCAGCUGUUCGAGAAUCUGUAUCUGUAGGGUCAACUGUAAUUACUGUGCGAGCCACAGACCUGGACAUUGGAAGAAAUGGCCAAGUUGAAUAUUCCAUCGUGAGACAAGAUAGUGGUGGCACAGAAGAAGAAACUGAUGUCUUUCGGAUAGAUCCAAAGUCUGGCAUAGUGACAACACGUUCCGUAUUAGAUAGAGAACGCUCAGAAGUAUACACAUUAACUGUUAUGGCCACUGAUCAAGGCCUUCCCGUAAGUGAGCGAAGAUCUUCUACAUCAAUGGUAGUCAUCAGAGUGCUUGAUGACAAUGAUAACUAUCCACAGUUUACAGAAAGAACUUACAGUGUACAAGUGCCUGAGAACAUCAAUUGGACAGUUAAUCCUGUGAUAGCAACUAUUAAGGCUGUAGAUGCUGACCAAGGAAAUAAUGCUGCAGUAAGAUAUGCUAUCAUUGGGGGAAAUACCCAGAAUCAAUUCAGUAUUGAUAGUCUUAGUGGAGAAGUCUCUCUGAUGAAACCUCUUGAUUAUGAGACAACUCGAAAUUAUAGACUGGUGAUACGCGCACAAGAUGGUGGAAGUCCGAGUCGUUCCAAUACUACACAACUGUUAGUUAAUGUGAAAGAUGUGAAUGAUAAUGCUCCAAGGUUUUUUACAUACUUAUUCCAAGAAUCUGUGUCUGAAAGUGUUCCAGUUGGAUUUAGUAUAGUGAGAGUACAGGCAUUUGACACUGAUGAAGGUGAAAAUGCUGCAAUACAGUACAGCAUAGCUCCCAGAGAUGAAGCAGGCAGGCCAGCAAGUGAUCUUCCACUCACUGUUGAUGAAAAGAGUGGUUGGAUAUACACAAUAAAAGAACUGGAUAGGGAAGAGACUCCUCGUUACCAAUUUCAGGUUAUAGCUAAAGAUGGUGGAACACCUCCAAAAAGUGCAUCGGCUAGUGUAGUUAUAACUGUACAGGAUGUUAAUGACAAUGAUCCUGUGUUUGAACCAAAACUAUAUGAGGCUGUAGUUUCUGAAGAUGAUCCUCCUGGAACGCCUGUGACAACUGUUACAGCUACUGACAAAGAUGAGAAUCCCAGGUUACAUUACGAUAUAUCCAGUGGCAACAUGAGAGGAAGAUUUGCUAUUACAUCACAAAAUGGCCAAGGUCUAAUAACAAUCGCACAAACUCUCGAUUACAAGCAAGAGAAGCGGUUUAUUCUGACUGUUACAGCUACUGACUCUGGUGGGAGACAGGAUACAGCUACAGUAUAUGUUAAUGUAACAGAUGCAAAUAAUUAUGCUCCAGUGUUUGAAAAUGCUCCAUAUUCAGCCAGUGUAUUUGAAGAUGCUCCUUUGGGAACAACAGUUCUAGUCAUAAGUGCUACAGAUGGAGAUGUUGGCCAAAAUGCACAGAUUACUUACACAUUAGGUACCCUUGAUGAGAGACAGUCUACACAGGAAUUUGCAAUUAAUCCUCAAACAGGUGCCAUUGUGACAACAGCACUUUUAGACCGUGAGAAAGUGAGUGGAUAUUUGCUAACAGUGACAGCAAAAGAUGGUGGUGUUCCUCCAUUGUCUGAUACAACAGAUGUGGAGAUAACUGUUGCUGAUGUAAAUGAUAAUGCACCAGUGUUUAGGAAAUCGUCUUACUUUGGUUCGGUACCUGAGGAUGCUGCAGUUGGUACAAGUGUUCUGCAGAUAUCAGCGACAGAUGCAGACAGGGGACUUAAUGGAAGAGUGCAGUAUGCUCUUAGUGAAGAAAAUGUGACUGAGGGUUCAUUUGCUGUUGAUCCAGCAAGCGGUGUUAUUCGAACUGCCAAAGCUCUUGAUAGAGAAAGUGUUGCUCAGUACGAUUUGAUCGCAUAUGCUUUAGACAAGGGCUCUCCAACAUUAUCGGGCUCUGUUCCUGUCACUAUUAAAAUAGAAGAUGUGAAUGAUUCCCCACCAGCAUUUGAAUCAGACAGGAUAGUGAUGUAUAUAAAAGAAAAUUCACCAAUAGGAUCCACAGUAGGAGAAAUUUAUGCACAUGAUCCAGAUGAAGGAGAGAAUGCAGUGGUACACUAUGCAAUAAUUGGGGGUGACGAUUUUAAUAGUUUUUCCCUUGUAACUCGACAAGGAAGUAACAAAGCAGAAUUGUUAACAAUGGUAGAUCUUGACUACGAGUCACCUCAUAAGAGAUUUGAUUUGAUAAUUAGAGCAUCUUCACCACCUCUGCGGGCAGAUGCACAUGUUGAAGUGCUGGUGACUGAUGAAAAUGACAAUGCCCCUGUUCUGAAAGAUUUUCAGGUUAUGUUCAACAAUUUUCGUGAUUGUUUUCCAAGUGGAGCCAUUGGCCGCAUUCCUGCAUUUGAUGCAGAUGUGUCGGAUAAGCUACAAUUUAAAAUACUGAGUGGAAAUAAUGCAAAUCUUGUGCAUCUGAAUGAAAGCUCUGGACAGUUGUCAUUAUCUCCUCAACUUAAUACAAAUGUUCCAAAGUUAGCAACAAUGGAAGUCUCAGUUACAGAUGGAGUGAAUGAAGUGAAAGCACUUAUGCAGCUGACAGUUCGUCUUGUUACUGAAGAAAUGCUUUUUAACUCGAUAACAGUGCGUCUAAAUGAUAUGACUGAAGAGGCUUUCCUUUCACCUCUGCUCACAUUUUUCAUUGAAGGAUUAGCAGCUAUCAUCCCAUGUCCAAAGGAAAAUAUUUUUGUGUUUAGCAUACAGGAUGAUACUGAUGUUGAUGCAAAAAUCUUGAAUGUGAGCUUCUCUGCUCGGCGACCAGAUUUGAAUGGAGAUGAGUUUUAUUCACCACAGUUUCUGCAGGAACAAGUUUAUCUUAAACGGACUAUUUUGGCCAGGCUAUCAACAGUUCAGGUCUUACCCUUCGAUGACAAUCUAUGUGUUCGCGAACCAUGCCUGAACUAUGAAGAAUGUCUGACAGUACUUAAAUUUGGCAAUGCAUCAGGAUUCAUUAGCAGUGAUACUGUUUUAUUUCGUCCAAUAUACCCAGUCACAACAUUUGCGUGCCGCUGUCCUUUGGGGUUUACAGGUAGCAGAGAACAUUACCUUUGUGAUACAGAGGUAAAUUUGUGUUACUCUAAUCCUUGUGGUAAUAAUGGGCAGUGUUAUCGGAAAGAAGGUGGUUACACAUGUGUGUGCAAACCUGGAUUCACUGGUAAAAGCUGUGAAAUAGACAUGAACAUGGAUACCUGCCAGCCUGGUCUUUGUCGAUCACACUCUGUAUGUGCACCUCUGCUACGAGGUGGUUUUGUUUGUGAAGGAUGUGCACCAGCCAGGGCACCUAAUCACUUCACUCCACUUUGUGAGCUUCGCAGUCGUAGUUUCAACAAAGCCUCCUUUCUGACAUUCCCAUCACUUAGACAGCGCCACAGACUCCACAUUAAACUGCGGUUUGCUACUCAAGCAGAAUCAGGCCUGUUACUAUAUAAUGGGCGAUAUAAUGAGAAACAUGAUUUUAUUGCACUGGAGAUAGUGAAUGGUUCAGUUCGGUUCUCGUUUUCUUUAGGAUCAAAUGUCUCCAGUGCAUUGGUAUCUAUUCCAGGCGGUGUCACUGAUGGUAACUGGCAUUCUGUUGAAGUAGAUUAUUUUAACAAGAGUGCAACAUUAAAUGUAGAUGAAUGUGAUACUGCUUUGGCUGUAAAGUAUGGGGCUCAACUGGGUCCACAGUGGUCUUGUGCAAACUAUACACAUCAUUUUCUGGAGCCAAGGUGUGCUAUUUUCACAGAGACAUGCUACAGAUUUUUGGACCUUACUGGGCCACUUCAAGUUGGUGGCUUACCAUCUCUGCCAACACAUUUUCAAGUAAACAGCAAAGAUUUUAUUGGAUGUAUUAGUGAUCUAUACAUUGAUCAUAAGUUUAUUGAUCUUAAUGGCUAUGUUGCAGAAAAUGGAACAAUAGCUGGUUGUCCAGAAAAACGGUUUUUCUGUCAGUCCAAUCCAUGUAAUCAUGGAGGGAAAUGUGUGGAAGGAUGGGGAACUUAUCUGUGUGAAUGCAGUGAAGGGUGGAGUGACAAAGACUGUAGUCGAGCUGUGAAACCACCUUGGCGAUUUCAAGGUGACGGAAUUAUUUCAUUCAAUCCUCUGCUCCGUCCCAUACAGCUCCCCUGGCUCAAUGCUCUAUCAGUCCGAACCUUACAGGAAGAUGCUUUCAUUAUGAGCAUUCAGAUUGGGCAGAAUAACUCUGCAUUGCUAAGUAUUUCAGGAGGAUUUGUACACUACAGCUAUAAUGGAGAGAAGGUUGUGCUUCCAAAUGGUUAUGUGAGUGAUGGGAAAUGGCAUCAUGUGGAAAUAAAAUGGAUGAGUGGUGAAGUAUGGAUUAACUUGGACUAUGGACAGAGAGAGACAACAGUGCCAGUCAGCAGUAAAAUUCAAGGACUCUAUGUUAAUCGAAUACAAAUUGGAGGACCUGAUUUGUCAUUCGGGAGUCUGACAACAGAUUUGGCAUAUUUUGAAGGGUGCAUACAGGAUGUGAGAGUUGGAACAACACAAUCAACUCUGCAGAGGCCCACAGAAAAGGAAAAUGUGGCUGAGGGUUGUCUGGGUGUGGAUCAUUGUGCCCAGAAAGAUAAAUGUCCACCUCAUAGCACAUGUGUAGCUGACUGGGAGCAGUUUCGGUGUCAGUGUGAUUUAGGAUAUGUUGGUACAUCAUGUGUUGGAGUAUGUGAGAUGAAUCCCUGUGCCAAUUCAGCUCGAUGCAUCAAAGACAAUAAUCCCCCCCAUGGUUACCAUUGCCAGUGCAAUUCUAGUCAAUAUACAGGCCACUACUGUGAAGUCCCUGUGGAUCAGCCCUGCCCUACCAGUUGGUGGGGUUUCCCUGUUUGUGGCCCUUGCCAUUGUGACACUAGCAAAGGUUAUAAUGCUGACUGUAAUAAGACAACAGGAGAAUGUUACUGCAAAGAAAACCAUUUCCAACCACCUGAUUCUGAACGCUGCUUUGACUGUGAAUGUUAUUCUAUUGGUUCAUUUGGGAAUCAGUGUGACUCAGUUACAGGUCAAUGCAGCUGUCGUACAGGUGUGAUAGGGAGGCGAUGUGAUUCAUGUCCAAACCCAUAUGCAGAAGUAACACUCAGAGGAUGUGAAGUGGUUUACGAUGGUUGCCCUCGGAGUUUUGCUGGUGGUCUAUGGUGGGAACGCACUAAGUUUGGACACAUUGCUUUAGAAUCAUGUCCAAGUCAUUCACAAGGCAAAGCUUCUAGAGCAUGUGAUGAAGAGUUGGGAGGUUGGCAAGAACCAGAUUUAUUUAAUUGCACAUCAGACCCUUUCCUCGAUUUGCGGAAAGUGCUGAUGCAGCUAGAGGGAGGGGACUUGAGUGUAACAACAUUUGUUGCAAUAAAGGUUGCAUCUGACCUACAUCGUGCAACCAAUAAAACAGAGAUGUUGCAUGGAGCAGAUGUCCUCAUAUCACAACAGUUGCUAAGAGAGCUUAUGAUGCAUGAAACUAAUGAAAAUGGUCUUAAUCUCACACACAGUCAAGACAAGGAUUAUAUCAAGAAUAUGGUGGAAACAACAAGUAUCAUUUUAGAUUCCAAAUAUGAGGAACAUUGGGAACGCAUUGAAAGCCUAACUGGUGACACUGCAGAAGAUCUGCUCCAGUCUGUUGAUAAAUACAUUGCUACAUUAACCAAAAGUCAGCAAGACACUUACACAGAUCCAUUUGAAAUUGUUGCUGACAAUAUGGUUCUGGGUUUGGACAUUGUGACAGCUGAAAGCCUGUAUGGUUAUGAGACUGUAAGCAAGACUGCAUUACCUGGUAGCAUGGACCCGGGAGACAGGCGUGUAGUAAUACCAGAUACAUCACAGUUUCUUGUGUCCCCAUUGCAGUCUUCAUCUGCUUCAAGUCUGAGUGGAGGGUUACGACUUACAGGUGACCCUAGCAGGUCUAGCCCUCUUCUGGCGUUUCCUAAAUAUAAUAACUAUCUGCUUGAUCGCACCAAGUUUGAUACCUUUUCAAGAGUUUUUAUACCAUUAGAUCUACUUGGUAUAAAGCAGCUUGACGAAGGGGAACUGACUACACACACAAGCUUUCUUGGUAGCAGACAGGCAGUACUGAGUUACGCAGAGUAUCGCAGUGUAGGUACAUUGCUGCCUGAAAGAUAUGAUGAGACUGUUGUUCGAAGAUGGGGUGUUGAACUACGUGUUGGAUCACCUAUAAUAUCUCUUGCAAUAUUGGUACCAGUUAAUGACCAAGGUUCUGAUAAUAAGUACAAAUCAUUGACAGACAGUGGUCCUCUGCCUUCUCCUAUACUGCUAAGAAUGUGGCUGGAUACAGAUAUUCAACCAAUCUCUCCUCGGAUAAAUCCACAGUGUGUCCAUUGGAGUACUGUGAAAGGGAUUGGUGAAUGGUCACGAUCUGGCUGUUUGACAGACAUACCUACUGACUGGACAGUUUCUAUAACCAGGCCAUUUCUUAUUAAUUGUACCUGCAAUCACCUCUCAAUAUUUGCUGUUCUUGUAGAUAUUGUUGAUCAACAGUACGUACCUGAACCAUCUAUUGGAGAAGAUAUUGCAACUUAUACGGGGUUCUGCCUUUCUUUAAUGAUUCUUCUUGUGUCAUUAAUUACAUUAUCCCUACUUCGUGGUGUGGCAACAAAUUCCAACUCAAUUCAUCAAAAUUUGAUACUUUGUGUGUUUUUGGCAGAACUUUUAUUCUUUGUAGCAUUAAAAGCACGCCGAACCAUAGUGCAGAAAGAGGUGCCCUGUAAAUUGAUUGCAAUGUCACUACAUUACCUGUGGCUGACUGCUUUUAGCUGGACAUUAGUAGACUCACUGCAUUUAUAUCGAAUGCUCACUGAGAUGCGUGAUGUAAAUCAUGGGCAAAUGCGAUUUUAUUAUAGCAUUGGUUAUGGAUUACCAGCUGUUAUUGUUGGGUUAUCGAUUGGUGUAAGAGCUGAUCAGUAUGGAAAUAUUUAUUUUUGCUGGCUGUCUCUGUAUGAAUCUGUUAUAUGGAGUCAGAUUGGACCUAUUUGUGUUUUUGUCACAUGCAACGUGGGGAUUUUGAUGCUUUCUAUUCGUGCUGCAUUUACUUUGAAGGACCAUGUUCUUGGAUUUGGAAAUUUACGGAUGCUGCUCUGGCUAGCUGUAGUGGCUCUACCACUUUUGGGAGUUGCUUGGGUUCUCUCUGUUAUGGCUGUUAAUGAGAAUUCUCCAUUACUGUUCUACAUGCUGUCAGUUGCUGUAGUCGUCCAUUCUACAUUUGCUCUUGGUGGCUACUGUUUCCUGAAUGUGCGAGUGCGUCGAAACUUGCAAGUCGCCGUCCUUCAGUGCAUGGGCCACAAAGUGCCUCAAGAAGUUUCUGAGCAAACUAGCAGUCAGCCAGCUAGUUCGGGACAUGCUUCACGAUCAGCUCUGGCAUAUCACAGCAGCUCCAUAGAUGUAGCACGCCGCCAUAUUGGCAUCUCAACAUCCAGUACGACAUCUCGCUCUACAACAAAGACUAGCAGUAGCCCAUACAGGAGUGAUACACAGUUACGUAACACAUCAACAAGUACAAGUAAUUACAACUCAAACAGUGAUAUGCCAUCAUAUGUGAGAGGAUUUGAGCCAGGCCUUCACAGACAUGGAGACAUUUUGGAAGAAAGUCCUGUUAGAGAACGUCAUCGAGAAUCGGAUUCAGAGUCGGAAGUAUCAGUAGAUGGCCGCAGUCUGGAAUUGGCUUCAAGCCAUAGCAGUGAUGAAGAGGAAUCUUCCAGCAGGCAGCAACACCGUGAUGUCGGGGUGUCUACUGUUGGCAAAACAGGUUAUUUGCCUAACAUUUGUGAAGAUGCUGGAAGUGCAAGAGCUUCUCCAGCAAUGAAUCGUGGGAAUAACACCAAUUUUAACAGAGGGACAAUGCAAUCCCCUCCAACACUAAAUAUAAUAAACAACAGUCAGCUUUUUCCUAACAUAAAACCCAUGUAUGCUCCUCAUUGGUCUAGCCAGCUUCCAGAGGCAUAUCUUCCUAAUAACAUGGUGGAUUCUGGCCUGCAAACAAACCAGUGGUCAGCAACCCCCUCAGACAAUGAAACUUCAUCGCCCAAUCCAUUGCCACAUCCAGAUUCAGUCCAACUGCACAAAAUGGUAGCAUCAGAAGAAAAUUUUCACGAUGUAGACCAGUGCUCUGAAACGGAGGAGAAGCUGCAUCUAGGUGACAAGUACCUUUUUCCCUAUACAGCUGAGGAAGACCACACUACGUACAUUGUACCUCUUUCAGGAAGAGUUCACCCACAAACUGAAGCACGUUCAUCACCUAGCCCCUUAUUGCGACCUCCUGCUUUGAAUGAUCCUAAUGUGAUCUCAGAAUCUGAGAAAGAUAUGAGUGAGACACCAGUUUGAAUAUUCUGUUCAAAGACAGAACAAUGGACAUGAUCUGUCAUGUGGAAGACAUACAUGUGAACACUACUCCUUCCUCUGCUUGCUUUCUUUUUCU